AUAACUCAAUAGAUAUUAGUACUACAUACACAUUUCAAAAAAAAAAGAAAGAAAAGAAAACGUCAACUAUCAAUUCUAUGAGUGCAACUCUAUAGUAUAGAACCCCAUUUCUCCUCUCAUGUAAUCAUAGACCAAUAAUAAAAUUAGAUGAAAGAAAAAAAUAAUCUAUAUAAGGUUAGAAUUUUUUUUUUAUUCUUAAAAUACUCCAUCAUUUCAGCAACGCUAGAUUAACCAACACAACAGGCUAAUCGUAACAAAAAUCCUUUUUUUUAAUAAGUUGGCAUGUACACUACCUUGAGUCAAAUCCCAAAAAUCAAUUUUGGCAAUUGCAGCUUGUGCAUACACCUAACUCCUCUCUCCAAUCUAAAUUUCCCCCACUAAAUUCUCAUCAAAAUUUCUUAAAUAUUCACUCGGAAAUACGAUAUGACAUAAGUCCAUGAGCUAGUAGCUCCUAGCAAGACACACAGACACAGUGGAAGCAAAAUCUCCAUGGCGGCGGCGGCGGCGGCAGCAGCAGCAGAAGACGAGGAGAAGAGGCCUCUGCUGCUUCGUCCGAACGGCGGCGGCGGCAAGGAGGAGGAGGACAAGGGCGGCGGCGGUGGGUGGAGGGCGUGCGUGCUGAUACUGGGGACGGAGCUGAGCGACUGCCUGGCGUUCGCCGGCAUCGCGAGGAACCUGGUGAGCUACCUCACCGGCGUGGUAGGGGAGAGCAAUGUCGCCGCCGCCAGGGACGUGUCGGCGUGGACGGGCACCUGCUUCCUCACGCCGCUCGUCGGCGCAUUCAUCGCCGACUCCUUCUUGGGUCGCCGCACCACCAUCCUCCUCUUCCUCUCCAUCUACUCCAUGGGGAUGAUCACGCUCACAGUCUCGGCGUCGUUCGCAACCCCACACCUUGAUGCAUCCUCCGAUGGCGUCCUCCGCGCCACCGUGUUCCUGGGGCUCUACCUCGUCGCCCUCGGCGUCGGUGGCAUCAAGCCGUGCGCCUCGCCGCUGGGCGCCGACCAGUUCGACGACGACGACGCGGCGCCGGCGGCGAGGGCGUCCUUCUUCAACUGGUACUACUUCUGCAUCAACGUCGGCUCGCUGCUGGCGGCCACCGUGCUUGUGUGGGUGCAGGAGCGCGCCGGCUGGUGGCUCGGCUUCGCCAUCCCGGCGGCGGUCAUGACCGCCGCGCUCGCCGCCUUCCUCUUCUGCUCCACCCUGUGCGGCCUCCGGGCGUUCCACACGCCGCCGGGGAGCCCCCUCACGCGGCUCUGCCAGGUGGUCGUCGCCGCCGUCAGGAAUCGCGGCGUGGAGCUUCCCGGCGACAGCUCGCUCCUGCAUCAGCUCCCCGACGGCGACUACCGGAUCAUCGAGCACACCAAUCAGUUCGCGUUCCUGGACAAGGCGGCCGUAGUGGCGUCGCCGCCGGCGGUGGCGAUGGCGAGCCCGUGGAUGCUGUGCACGGUGACGCAGGUGGAGGAGGUCAAGAUGCUGCUGCGGCUGUCCACCGUGUGGCCGACGGUGGUGUUCUUCUUCGCCGCCACGGCGCAGAUGUCGUCGACGUUCGUGGAGCAGGGGAAGGCGAUGGACACCCGCGUCGGCCCGCUCGACGUGCCGCCGGCGACGCUGUCCACCUUCGAGGUGGUCAGCAUCCUCCUCUGCGUCCCGGCCUACGACGCCGCGCUGAUGCCGCUCGCCCGCCGCGUCACCGGCGACCGCCGCGGCCUGUCGCAGCUGCAGCGGCUCGGCGUCGGGCUGGCGCUGUCGGCGCUGGCCAUGGCGUACUCGGCGCUGCUCGAGGCGAGCCGCCGGCGGCGCGCGGCGACGAGCAUCGUGUGGCAGGCGCCGUCGUACAUGGCGCUGGGCGCGGCGGAGGUGUUCACCAGCGUCGGCCUGCUCGAGUUCUUCUACGACCAGGCGCCCGACACCAUAAAGAGCCUGUGCACCGCGGUGAGCCUCGUCGCCGUGGCGGCCGGAAGCUACCUCAACUCGGCCAUCGUCGCGGUGGUCGCGUGGGCGACGGCGCCGGAGAAGGGCGGCGGCGGCGGGUGGAUUCCCGACGAUCUCAAUCGAGGACGGCUGGAUUGCUUCUUCUGGCUCAUGUUCGGCCUCAGCUGUGUAAACCUGCUGGCGUUCGUUUACUCUUCUACGAGAUACAGCUACAGGGUUGCUAACUAAUACUUCCUCUGUUUCACAACGUAAGUCAUUCAAUCAUUUCCUAUAUUCAUAUUGAUGUUGAUGAAUCUAGAUAAAUAUAUAUGUCUAGAUUCGUUAACAUCAAUAUAAAUGUGGAAAAUGCUAGAAUGACUUAUAUUGUGAAACGGAGGGAGUACACACACUCCUAAAUUUUACUGUGUAUAAAAUUUUCUUUCAAUUAUAACUUUGUCCUUUUUAAAAUCAUAUGGUAUUAGGCCGUGACAGAAAUUUAAUUGAAUUUGCACAUGUUUUUAA